CGCACGCUCUGUGGCGAGCGUGUGCACCGGGGAUUCCCCCGCGUGACAAAAACAGCUUCUGUSGGGUUCUCGGCUUUCAUUGCUCAUAGGCUCCUCGCCUGGAUGGUUUUAUGUUACCGGAUAUCUGGUCGACGGGUAGCCGUGUAGCCGCUUCUUGUUUUGUUUCACCGGAGUUUGAAACUAGCGGCCAUGAUGGUUUGAAACGGUUCCCCCCMAAAAAAACACUCGAGCUGACUUGCUUGUGUUACUGCGAGGGGAAGUAUUUAUCGGUUAGUGGCAUGCUUGUGCGUAGCGGCUCGGUCCUCUGGUGUCACAAAGGAGCGGCGGUUUCCUCGGGUGCUAGCAGGCUGUUUGGUCGCACCAGCAGCGACAGCACCGGCUAAAAGCCCUCAGAUUCUCGGGGAAGAGCCGGGGUGGUGGUGGUGGGGAGAGGGGCGACCAUGGCGAGCAAGGAUCACGACCUGCACGACCGCAUGGACUCGGGCAUCGACUCGUACCACUCCAUGCUGAAGUCCGAGGAGCCCGGCUGCGACUCCAGCAAGCCCAGGGACAAGCUGUCCGCCGCGGAGGAGCGCCUGGACUCGGCCUACGAGUCCUCGUCCAUCACGGUGGACAGCCUGUCGCAGACCGUGGAGGGCUGCACUUUGUCCGGCAGCGCGGAGGAGCAAACACCGCCUGAGCCUCCCGAAGAGUGGAGCUUACUCACAACCAUCACAGAGGAUGGAGACACGGUUGUGCACCUUGCAAUCAUCCAUGAGAAUAUAGUCAUCGCUCUGGACUUGAUUCUUCUGCUCCCCAAAGAAGUCCUGGACAUCCAGAACAAUUUGUACCAGACUCCGCUGCACCUGGCCGUCUACCUGAACCUGGUGGACGUGGUGAAGGCCCUGCUGGAGAARGGGGCCAGCCUGGAGCUGCAGGACCAGGACGGCAACACGCCGCUGCACGCCGCCUGCCAACACGGCCUGACGGACUGCGCCGCCGAAAUGACCCGAGUGGUUUCUCCCAGCAAGCUGGYGCCGAUCCUCGAGACCCAGAACUGGAGAGGUCUCGCCUGUCUUCACUUGGCUGUGCUGCACAGGCAACAUCAAAUACUGAAGCUCCUGACGAAAAAAGGAGCGAAUCUCAACAUCCAGGAAGGAACCAGCGGUAAAACGGCGCUCCACCUGGCCGUGGAGCUGCACGACGUGGCCUCGGUGAAGCUGCUGCUCAACAGGGGGGCCAACGUGGACGCCGCCAUGUUCAACGGCUGCACGCCACUGCACCUGGCCGUGGGCAGGCAGGACGCCGCCAUCGCCCACAUCCUCUGCCAGUCCGGCGCCGACACCAUGCUGCGGAACAUGGAGGACGAGACGGCGCUGGACCUGGCUGAUGGCAACGAUGAUAUUCUGGCCCUGUUUCCUUUCGAUGACAUCCAGAUCUCUGGCAGAUCAGUGGUCAGCAUCAAGUCUUGAUCUGGCUCACAGGCCGGAGACAAACAGACAAAGACUGGGCUUCAUGUUACCCAGAGCCUCUGCACAGCUGGACGUUUGAUGGAAAUAAUAACUGUUUUUGAGCUUUCAUUCAUUAGUGUCUUUGUAUAGUUUACUCUGAAAUCUAGUGUAAUAUAAGCCUCAUAUUAAUCCUUUCUUUUUCUCACAAACUGAGUUAUUCUGCUUCAUUGAACCUAAACAAACUAAGAAGAAUAUGUUGGUUUGUGUUCAGAUCAAAGUUAUCAAACUUUUUAAUAAUAUGUUUAAAAAUUCUACCUCUUUAAAAAUUGACUUUGUUUCAGUGACUUUUCUUCAGUUUUGCUUUUGCCUUAAGGAUAUUUUUUUAAGUCUGGAGAAAAAAAAUAGGAAUUAAACAACAUGAAUCCUUAAAAUCUUAAUUAAAAUGUUAAUUUUGCAAAUUUAACGCGUCCCUGCUUUUAGCUGAAUAUUAAUAGCCAGUAUAGAAAUGUAACACAUAACACAAAAAAACAGCUUUGUCUUUUGUUUUUCUUAUUAUUAUUUAUCUCUAUCUGCAGAAAGCAGUUGAUGUUGUUUUGUGUGUAAUUACACUGGGCUUUCUAGUUAAAUGAGCAAUGCAACUAUUUUUUAAUAAAACGAAGGAAAAAUA